AUGCUACAAUUCCUACACAUAAUAUGGCCAGUGCCACACCUCCCUGAUCUACUCCAGGACAUGUUUGUGUGGCUAAAGCGGCCGGUUGCCUUUGUGACCCUCCUGCUGCUUGUGAAGGCCAGCUCUGGGAUGCCUGACCCUUCUCAGAGGGACCAGUUACUGCGCGAUGAGGCCUCCCGACAAACAGGGGGCCGGAUGUCUCUGAAUAUGGCUGAGCAAAAGCUUGACUCACAUUUGCACAAGUUGAAGCUCCAGGAGAUGUCAGCAGAAAAGUUCCCACCUGCUAUGCACUUCUUCAAUGCAAAAGCACUCAUUCAAAGUAGUCCCGUCUAUAAACUAAUACAAAAAAUGCCUAAAGGUGCUGCCCUUCAUAUUCACAGCACAUCAAUGGUCAGUGUGGAGUGGUUAGUGAAAAACGUCACCUACAGGCCUCACUGCUACAUUUGCUUCACUUGGGACAAUUCAGUCCGGUUCCUCUUCUCUGACAGACAGCCUUUCCCCAGAUGGGACUGUUUCUACUGGCAAUUGCUAGAGACACUCCGGGCUAGAAUAGCAGACCCAACAGGAUUUGAUGAGAGCUUGAUGCAGCACCUCACACUGUUCACUGAUGAUCCAGACAGGGUGUACCCAAACCAAGACAUAGUUUGGGAGAAAUUUGAGAAAGCCUUCAUUGCAGCAGCUGGACUUAUAACUCAUGCUCCUGUGCUUAAGGACUAUGUGUACAGAGGCUUGGAGGAGCUUUACUAUGACAACAUUAUGUACCUGGAGUUGCGCAGCGGCCUAUCAAGGACGUAUGAGCUUGAUGGCACCAUUCAUAACAAAGUAUGGACUCUCAAAAUUUUUCAAAAUGUGACACAAAAGUUUGUGCAAGACCACCCAGACUUUCUUGGAGCUCGUAUAAUAAUUUCCGCCCACAGGGCACUGGGAGUAACGGAAGUGAAAGCUGUUGUUAAAGAAGCUAUUCAACUGCAAAAAGAUUUCCCGGAUGUGGUUGUCGGCUUUGACAUGGUUGGCAGAGAAGAUGACGGGAGGACAUUGUGGUUUUUUAGAGAAGCACUUUCUCUGCCUGCUCAACUUGGUGUCACACUUCCAUUUUUCUUCCAUGCUGGAGAGACAGACGAUGAAGGAUCUGAUGUGGACCAAAACAUCCUAGACGCUCUUUUAUUCAACACCUCUCGCAUUGGUCAUGGCUACUCCAUAGUCCAUCACCCUCUGGCCAAAGAAAUAUCCAGAAAAAAUAACAUAGCUGUUGAAUUGUGUCCCAUUUCCAACCAGGUGUUGAAGCUGGUUUCAGAUCUCAGAAACCAUCCUGCUGUUGUGCUCAUGUCUGAGGGUCACCCUCUGGUCAUCAGCUCAGAUGACCCAUCUCUGUUUGGAACAUCAGGCCUUUCAUAUGACUUCUACCAAGCCUUUGUUGGAAUAGGCGGCCUGAAAGCAAACCUGGGCACUUUGAAAGAACUGGCUUCUAAUUCCAUAAGGUACAGCUCACUGCCCACGAAUCCAAAAAAGAAACUCCAUGACAUGUGGCAAAAACAAUGGGACCUUUUCAUUGCCAACAACAGUUGA